AUGAACCAGACAGGACUAAUAGAUGAGGAGCUUCUGCUCCAGUGGAACAAGAAUCUACGUAGUGUGCUGUUGCCACACAGCAUCUUUCUGGCUGUCUCUCUCAUUGUGAGCGCUGUCGGGAAUACGAUUGUCAUAUAUAUUUAUAAGUUCCGAUUUCGCCAUACCAAGGAUGGGCGCUUCUUCAUACCUUACCUUGCUGUGAUUGACAUGCUGGCAUGUGUUUCGAGUUGUAUCAGCAGCUUAUUCAUUAACUAUUAUCCGGUACAAUACACCAACAAUGCUCUUUGUAAAUGUUCUUAUACCGUUUCCUAUUUCUUUUCGGCGAACUCUGCAUUGAUGCUGUCAGUUAUUGCAGCACAAAGGUUUCUGAAGAUAUGUCGGCCUUUCAAAUUUCAGAUGUCUGGACGGAGAAAAGGGUUUGGAAUUGUAAUUAUCAUUGUGGCAUCUUCUGGCACGAGUGUUCCUGCUUUUGUAACAUUUGGCAUAUCCUCAGUUCGGAACACCUCUAUGAAUAUCACCGGACAGUAUUGUACUUCCAUCAACGUUAAUGAUUCUAAUAUGACAUCACUCGUUUACAAUUGCACAGUCUCGGCGAUCUGUGUUAUUAAUCUGUGUUUUCUAUGUACUCUCUAUGCCCGUAUUGGUAACAAAUUACGUGAGGUGAGACAGCGGAGACUUCAGCGCAUCGCUACCCGCGAAAAGUGGUCAGAUGCUGACGUUUUUACAAGCGAGACGGAGAAGAAUUCGGUGACUACAUUAGACAAACAACGACGUCAUACGUCUAAAAAAGUCACAGAAAUGAAGUAUCGGAUUACCUUCAUGUUUUUUAUAAUAACUUUUGCCUAUGGUGUCCUUUUUAUUCCAACAUUUGCAAUUAUUAUUUGGGAUAUAAUUAAUGUUAACCCUUGGAUAGUCCAAGGCGAUGUCUAUAUUGUUGGGUUUCGAUUUGGUUACACAGUCUUUAUAAUCAAUUAUUUAAUCAAUCCACUUGUAUAUAGCUUAUUUGACAGCGAUUUUCGAAGAGAAUUACGUAAACUAAGUUUUAGACUUUGUUGAAAUAAUUUAUCCUAC